CACAACCACCAAACAGACGCUUCCCUCAGAAUACGUAGGCUUUGACUACCCACUUGACCGCUUAAAUCCUCAACAUCGAAAUCAGAUCAUCAUGCAGACCUUUGCGAUUUGCAGCCUUAUCCUGUGUCUUGGAACUAUCAAUCUGUGCACAGGGCAAAACGGCUGCAAACCGGGCUCCGGGGCGCCAAGCACUUGGAAAAUGUUGUGUUGUGAUGAUCAUGACCAGCUCAGAACCGAAAUCCCAUUAUGUCACACUCAAGCAAACACUUGAAACAAGCAGGCAGUCCACGACGGACGUAUUGAUGUACUACCUGAUCUUGACGAUGGAGCCCAAAUAGUAAUACAAAACAAGAAGGCCUAAAUUGAACUGCAAUUAUUUUUUUUUCCCCAUUAUCUAUCCUAAUCCAAG